AUGAGCCCCCCUCCCGCCACCCCCGGGAGGGUCCGGAUCCUGCCGGCACUGAUCAAAGGGAUCAAUGGGGCCAUGCCGAUAGGAGGGACAGGGAACUGCCGGAAAGCCAUAAACUCCCCAGUUCCCCUGGAAACCUCACCCAGCCCCGGCAAGCCCCCCAGAGAAGGGGCUGGAGCCACUGACACCACAGCCAGGAGGAUCGAGGACUGCCUGCCCCCGCUGGAGGACUCCCCGACCAAGAGGUUCUCCCCCUCCAAGCGCAAGCAGUACUACAUCAACAAGGCCAUCCGCAACUCGGACCUCAUCCCCAGGGCCAAGGGCCGCAAGAGCCUGCAGAGGCUGGAGAACACUCGCUUCCUGAUGACGCUGCUGGAGCGAGAUGAAUGUGGGAGCGACGAGGGUGAGCUCGACCGCUCUGCUCCCCCGAGCAUCUUCACUGAGGCCUGUAACAACGAGACCUACGUGGAGAUCUGGAAUGACUUCAUGAACCGGUCGGGAGAAGAGCAGGAGCGAGUCCUGCUCUACUUGGAGGAGGAAGCUGGGAAGAAGCACAGGAGGAAGCUGCCCGGCAAGAGCGAGGACAAGUGGAAAGAGCACCCUGCUGACACCCCCCAGGAGUGUUUCCAGCGCAUCAGCCGCCGCCUCCGCGCCACCCUGAAGCGGGGCCGGAUCCCCAUGGGGACACUGGAAGGCCUGGAGGAGGAGCUGCUGGCCUUCUUCUCGGUCACCCCUCACUCCGUCUACACCGCGCUGAUGGACAACAGCUUUGAGCGGCUCCUGCUCCACGCGCUCUGCCAGUACAUGGACCUCGUCUCUGCCAGUUCCAACAUCGAAGGGAAACGUCAAAUGAAAGUGAGCAACAAACACCACGUCUUUCUGCCCCCCGAGCUCCUGCUCUCAGACUACCUGGGGCAGAUGAGCUGA